CCCGAGGUCUGUGAUCAGUUCCCGCGCUGCCGCAGACACCGAACGUUGCCGUCAAUUCGAGCUCGUUUGUCGUAUCCGCAAGUCGUGCGCACCGCGUGCCCGGCUGUUUCUGACGGGAUAAUUUACGCGAACUCAUCAGUCGUCCCACGAUUUACCGUGACCGCGCGACGGAUGAACGAGACGUCAUAUCGCCUGAACAGUUUAUUAUUAACGAUUUUCACGAUACGGUUUUCCUCCGCCGAUCUAAUAAUAAUAAAGUUAUCAGACAUUGUUAUCGCAUAGAUUAAAUCGUCGUAUCAUUCGAAUCGUUCGGCGAUCGACGACGGUUCGUCGCGAAAAUUGUCGCAUCAAAGGGAAUUUGAAAUGGGUUUGUCGAUGAAAACUUCAAAAUCUGUUUUCAGUGAUAAAAAUUACACUUUACGGAGACUUUGCUUAGCUUGACCGCAGGGAUCAGCAAAUAUUUGUAUAAUAUUUUCGUGAAGAUAAGUAAAAAAUUAAACCGGAGCUGAUAUUGCCUAAAGUUUCUCAGCUGGAUUUUCGAGAUGGCGCGUCAACAACGGUUCGUCGCCCUGUGGUUGGUGGUAUUCGCGGUUCUGGUAUACGACAACCACGGUUACGUGUCGAACCGGAGGGUGAAAAACCAAAGACCGGGCGUCCGGAGCUACUCGGACGACGACAAGAACGCGGCCAGUACCGAAAUAAACGUUUGCGCGCUUGAACAGAAAACCACCAUUAACCUGUACUGUUACUGUGACGAGUCCAAGUCGCGCGCCGCCACGUCGGCCGACUGUUGGGUGUUCAACGACGGCGAGCCCCGCGAGUCGGCCGUGUGGCGCGAGUUCGGGUCGCAGUCCAACGUGACCAAGCUGACGUUCAACGUGCGCGGCACCACGUCUAAGACGCUGUCGUUCGUGCCCACCGAGGCGCUGGCCCUGAUGCCCGAGCUCCGGACGCUGGAGAUCGUGUACGCCGACAUCGGCACGGUGCACUCGCACGCGUUCGCCAACCUAUCCCGGCUGCAGGACCUGGCGCUGGUCCGGAACAACAUCGUGCAGCUGGCCCGGGACUCGAUCGCGUACAUGGACGACCUGCGCGUGGUCACGCUCGGCGACAACGCCAUCGAGAGCAUCAGCAACGACGUGUUCGCCCGGCUGCCGGCGCUCCGGAAGCUGUACAUGGACCGGAACAACAUCAGCUACAUCGCCGAGGGGGCGUUCGAGCAGUUGCGCAAGCUGGAGGAGCUCGACCUGUCCGAAAACAGGUUGACGGGAUCGCUGUCCCGGUACGUGUUCCUCGGGCUGGUGUCGGUAAAGCGCCUGGACAUGCGGGCCAACCACUUGGAACGGGUGGGCCCGGACGCGUUCGCCGAGCUGGUGUGCCUCGAGGAGCUCGUGCUCGAGGACAACCUCAUUAAGACGGUGGACGGCAGAGGAUUUUCCGGGUUGCCCAGCCUCCACCGGCUGAACUUGGCGGAGAACCGAUUGACCGCGCUCGACGACCGCACGUUCAACAGACUCGACAAGAUCAAGUUCAUCGACAUCAGAUACAACAACCUGAAAACGCUCACGUUCGGCACCGUGGAACCGAUUUUGGAACGACUCCGGAACUCGACGUUCUACUUCCAUUUCAAAGGUAACAAGUUCGAAUGCGACUGCAGCUUGCUGUGGAUGAACCAACUGGCCGUGGAGACGAGCAACGAACAAGUGCAACGCGAGCUGUCGACCGCGCAGUGUCAGAUGAACGACACGGCCGACGGUGACGGCGACUUGGACGACAUGAAAGUGACGGGCCCGAAGAACGGUUACGGCGGUGGCGGCGGCGGCUACGGCGCGAACAAGGUUGACGCCGAUAUUGCAGCCGCAGACAAGGCGAUUGGCGGUGGUGAGAUGGGCGCAGCCGCCGAAGGGGGGUUGCCAAAACCGUUCGACGAAGAUACGCAGCUGAUCGCCGUGAGCACAUUGAACGAGGACACGUGCCCGGGCAAGGAACAGCCGCUCGUGGACAGGGCGCCGGACGCUGCCCAAAAUUCGGAUCGCGUGCUCUGGGAAUCGACCAAGUCAGCGGCGGCCGUCCCGGCGCCGCUGUGUCUGUCUCCUCUGCCCGUCCUGGCCACAGUCUUCGUCAUGGUCAUCCGUUCGCGUCGCUCUUAGGCCGACAACGACUGUCGAACACGAUAAUAAUAAUAAUAAUAAUAAUAAUACAAUAUAAACUUGCAUACUUACAUUUUAUAAAAUUAUACUUAAAUGCGUGUGUUUGUGUGUGUGUGUGUGUGUGUGUGUGUGUGUGUGUAUGUGCGUGCGUCUGUGCGAAUUUUGUGGGGUGGCCAAACGUCAAAAACGAAAAAUUAUUAUUUUAACGAUAUGAUCGCACAGUUUAACCGUUUAGACGGACACGUACUGUCUCAUAGCCGUUGUAUAUACAUAUUAUAGUGACGUAAAAGAAAUAAUCUUCUUUUGCUAUUUUCAGAACAAAAAAAAAAUCCAUUUAGGUUUUUCAAAAUUUUCCAUUACUCGCCCGUAUUAUAUAUACUCCGCCCAUCUACGCGCGUUUGAUGUGUCGGUGAAAACGCAAUUUUCCAAUAAAACGCUGACUCGACCGCUACACACCACACUGUACAAAGUAUAGGCACGUGUAUCGCAGUCGCGCGAAAACGACAUUAUUAUUUAUACAGGCGGGUAUUGUACACGAAUUUAUUGCUUGUUUUUCGAACCACGGCCUGCGCGGCGGUUUUUCACGCACGCGAUUUGAAGAAAAUCGCAAUAUUUUCACGUCUCGCACCACAACAAAACAUUACGAUCAUAUAAUAUUAAGACAUAUUGUAUAAUAUAUGAUAAACAUUAUAAUUAUCGACGAUAUAGAAUUUUAUCGACGAGUGAAAAAAACAAUAUCCAACUCGGUCCCGACUUCAAUGUAAAACAAGUCGGCGGUGAAUCACAUUAUAGAAACAUAAAAAAACUGAACGUGCGGCCACCCUAAAUCAUACACAAACAUAUUAUAUAGAUUAUAAUACAUUAUAUACAAAUAGAUUUAGACACAAUAGAUGAGUACAAUAAUAUAUUGUGUUUAUGAUAAAAAUCAAAAUUACUAUUAUCGUUUAUUCGUGUUGUCGAAAUAAUAAUUUUUUUUUUUUUUUUGUCUAUUUAUAUUAUAUUAUUGUCUGUGGUUUGUGCGUAAUACGCAUAUGAUAUAUUAUACUUAUAAUUGCAACAAUAAGAUUAUUAUAGGUACUACAGUCGUAAAUAUUAUUCCGCUCGAUCCAUUAUUGUAUAUUUUCCUUUUAAGCACGCACAAUAGAAUUUUAAUGUAUGCUGAUAACAAUAUUAAACGAUGGCUUUACGCUCUAAAAUUGAAUGUGACGUUACGGAACGGAAACGUCUGGGCCAAUAGGUCACAGAUUAUAAUCGCCGAUAAAAAUCAAAAUCAAAAUAAACAAGGGUGAAAUCCAAAAAAUAAAAAAAACGACUCGAAUCACCUGCUAGGCCACUUAAACUGUAAAAAAAUAUAAACAUAUUAUGUAUAUAGUUACCGAUUACGAUUAACGAUUUAAAUACGAUGUUCGUAUUAUUACAUAUAGUACCUGCGGUAUAAUAGUAUAAUCUAACGUGUCUUUCAGCGGUCGCGAUCUUUUGUAAUAUUAAUAUCAUUACACGGCCCCGUUAACAUAAUAAUAAUAUUCGAUCCGGAAGACGGGUGAUAAGAAAUAUGUGUUAUUUCUACGAAGCGGAUUUAUCAUAUUUCCCCCGAGGGUCUACGACGAGAUCGUGUGUUAAUAUUAUAGUGUACGAGGAUAAAAGUAGCUAUGUAUAUAUAUGUUACUGUGUUAUCUACAGGUUUUUUUUUGCCGUCAAAAACCCUGAAAAGGACGCGGAUCCUUCGGGCGCGAUGCCGCGACUAAAUACGAUAUACGUAUUAUAUAAUAGUACGCCACAACGCCAAUACGAUCGCGAUUCGAGUACGAAAAAUACAUCACAUCGUAUUAAUAAAUACGAUGUGAUGUAUUUUUUUUUAUUUUUUUUUUUUUGUGAUAAAUAAUAUUUCGAUCGGUAAGCGCACGCGCACAACACUUACGAUGUACUAAUUACGAUACAAUAUACCCGUGCGGGCUGGGAAUUAGCUUUGAGAGGAAUGGGUAACGAUAAUUUUUUCGUGUAGAGGAAGCUUGUGACCAGAGGAUACCUCCAAAGCAUGAUGGUACGUUGAACCGAGUAAAUAACAUUUAAAACUUUUGCGUCAACACUUCUGCGGCGCGUUCACACGAGGACGAUGUUGCAAUCUAUACGUCGCCUUACGUAAUGGACACGUAAACGAAAACGCUGAAAAUUUUUUUUAAUUUUCCCGGAAUGGUAUGCGCCGGUGGUGACAAAGUUUCGAAACGAAACCGUGGAUGUGGUCCUUUGCUCGACGGAACUCCGCGCGAUGCUGCACUGCCCCGCUCGUGUGUGCGAGCAUCGUCCCGUCGACAUAAUCUUAACUCUGUGAUAGUGCAUUGGAUACGGUCGUGUCAUUGCGUCGUACGACGUGCAACAGUCGUCGUCGAAACAAUAAAAUUCGCGGUAUUGGUGUAAAAUAUACGUAUAUCAUCUCGUUGCAGCCGCGGUACACACGAUACGGUUAAGUUAUACUCAUAUAAUAAUACAUCAUAGAUUUUAGUUCUACAGCUUUUUUUUUUCCUAAUUUACUCUCUUAAACAAAUCUCUUUUGUGUCGACCCGUUCACUUUCUCCUGUAAGUGACCGAUUCGAUGAUCGCAAUUAUUUAUUCGUGAAACUUUUCACUUGUUUUUGACUCGUGUUUGUUUUAAAAUUAACGUUUAAACGUCCGAAAUCGUGAAACUAUUACACGAUGAUCGAGGCCCUAGAAUAUAAAUUUAACAUUUUUAUAUAAAAAAAAAAAAAAUAAAUAAAAAAAAAUACCAUUUUCAUUCCUUUUAUUUUAAAUAAUAAAAAUAUAUACAAACAGAUAUAAUAGUAUAUGUUGUGUUAUAUUACGUUUUGCUUAAAAUCAAAUAUUAUUUAACUUAACGUCGUUCUUAAUAAACUAUAUUAUAAUACUAUAAUGUGUACGGUAGAAAAACCCAAAUUUGAGUAUUAAAUUAUAUAACUAUCCUUAUUAUAUGACUAUGUGUACUAUAUAUUAUAUAUUAUAUCAAAUAAUUAUUGUGUUAUUUUAUAAUUAUUUUAAGUUGAUGUUAUUAUUAGAGAUUUAUUCUAAUUUAUUCAUAACAACAUUAUAAUAAUAAUAUAUACCUAUAUAAUAUUAUCGUCUAUUGUAAUUAUGAAUAGAUAACUAUUCGUAUUUUAGUCUACCGAUAUAAUAUUUGUAUGUGUGUAUCGCCAUUGUUCGAGGACUAUUUGUAAAUAUUUUUUCUUCUCAUAGUUGUAAAAUCAGUUAUUUAUAAGGUCACACAUUAUAUGUCAUAUAUCGCGUGUAAAAUGUACUAUUAUAUUAUAUAAUGUUUUAUUCAUUCACCGACCUAUAAUAUUUUAUUAUUUUGAACUCGUGCAUGUACAGUGUACGAAAAAUUAGAACGAAACGGACACGUUUGAAUCACUGAAAAUUAAAAGUUGAAAAUAGAAACGUAUAUAUAUAUAUAUAUAUAUAUAUAUACGUAUAUAUAUAUUAAGUUAGAGUAUAAAGUUUCCAAAACACGUAAUGACUAUUAUUAAACCUAUCCUAAAAACUUAAUACCUGUUAAAACCAAUCUUCGUUUUGUAUCAAAUAAAUACCGUAUUAUAAAUUA